CUAUAAUUACACAGAUACAAAGAUGAGUCCUCUAUCCAACUCUAUGGACUUGCACCAUUGUUCAGAAUAAAGAAAGCAGCAGAUGUGAAGACGAUAAUUUUUGUUUCCGUUUCUAUGUAUUACUACAGAUUAAGUCUGAGGCUGGUAACAUCAACAGUGAGGACAAACCCAGUCACUGGGUCUUGAUUGUGAGAGUGGAGCCCAGUUUGCACUGCAGGAUCCAGAGAUGGCGUCAGUGAAACUGGAAGACUGCAGUCAAACACUGGAGCUGAAAGUCAACAUUAAAGAUGAAGAAGAGGAGGAGAAGAUUGGGACAUGUGUUAGUCAUGGAGACCAUGUUGAGACAUUAUCUACAUCCAGAGAGCAACAGCAGGAAGAUCACAGAGCUAAGAGGUCUCACCACUGCCCACAUUGUGAGGAGAUUUUCCCAUUUCUAUCAAAGCUAAAAAUACACCUACAAAUACACACAGGAGAGAAGCCUUAUUCCUGCACUGACUGUGGGACGCACUUCACAACAUCAAAGGCUCUGACAGUUCAUCAGAGAGUGCACACUGGAGAGAAGCCUUACUCCUGCUCUGACUGUGGGAAGAGUUUCUCAGGGUUGGGUCACUUAAAAAGACACCAACGUAUACACACAGGAGAGAAGCCUUACUCCUGCUCUGACUGUGGGAAGAGUUUCUCGCAACAGAGCAGCUUAAACUCGCACAAACAUAUACACACAGGAGAGAAGCCGUACUACUGCUCUGACUGUGGAAAAUGCUUCACAGCAUCAUUUGAGUUAAAAGUUCAUCAGAGGACACACACAGGAGAGAAGCCUUACUACUGCUCUGACUGUGGGAUGAGUUUCUCUCAACAGAGCAGCUUAAAGUCACACCAACGUAUACACACAGGAGAGAAGCCGUACUCCUGCUCUGAUUGUGGGAAGCGUUUCUCUCAUCAAAGCAGCUUAAAAUCACACCAAAAUAUACAUAAAGCAGAGAAGCCUUACUCUUGCUCUGACUGUGGGAAGUAUUUCACAACAUCAGCUGAGCUAAAAGUUCACCAGAGGACACACACAGGAGAGAAGCCUUACUGCUGCUCUGACUGUGGGAAGAGUUUCUCUCAACAGAGCAACUUAAAAACACACCAACUUAUACAUACAGGAGAGAAGCCUUUCUCAUGCUCUGACUGUGUGAAGUGCUUCACAACAUCAUCUGAGCUAAAAGUUCACCAGAGAACACACACAGGAGAGAAGCCUUACUCCUGCUCUGACUGUGGGAAGAGUUUCUCUCAACAGAGCAACCUAAUAACACACCAACGUAUACAUAAACGAAAGAAGCCUCAUCAGUUCUCUCAGGCCAGUUAAGAUUAGUCACUCCAUCACUUCAAUCUCAUCUCAUAACGGAAGUGGUAACAGUGAAUUUGAUAACAUUACCAGGGAGUAACACUAUUGUAAUCCUAUUGUUUCUCACUGUGAGAUAACUGUGCAGAGAAAGGGGAGCAUUAUAGAAUGUUAGCCUCUCUUUACUUUACCGAUCAGUGUGCACCUUGUCAGUUCCAGUGUGUUUUGUUAGCUUCUACUGUAAAGAUAUUGAGAUUACCUUGGAUUUGCCCUUAUCGUUGAAAACCCUCUGAGAGAUCUCUUGUUAAAACAAUGGAGGGAGGCACUGCUUCCUUCUGCAGUUUUCUGUGGGAAUGAGUUAGUAGACACAUGUCAGAUAGAGAUGAUGUGAUGAUCAGUUUUCACCUUUAGUUUGGGUGGAGACUUUUAUUCCUACUAAAUGUUUUUUGUUUAAUGAUACACAGGUUAUAAAACAAAUGGGUUUAUUAAAUUGUCUUUUAAAACUAGAUUCACUAUGUUAGUCAUUGAUGAUUAAUGUAUUUGGAUAACUGCAGUGAAUUUCAUUGAAUUACUAAUGAAAAAUAAAUGUUCUACAUUAAUUUUUGCUUGUCAACCUCUGGGUUAUCUUUACAGAGAAUACAAUGUUUUUGUUGGCAUUCAAAAUAUAUUUACAUUCAUCUACUCAAAAACAUGUCUAUACACCUUUACACAUCACCACGUGGACAAGCCACUAUGCUAGCCACCAGUAUUUUUCUACA